AUGGACUCGCCGGCGGACCCCGAAGGCCCACGCCCCUCAAGAGGUUACAGAGAGCAUCGAGGCCGGAUGUACCUCUGUGGCUUGGGUGGUGUCUCUUUAACAGCGAUUGAAUUAGCUUUAGCGUGGUUUGUUUGCGAGAGAUUCGGAAAGGAGGGGCCUGGCAGUGGGAUGCGGGUCGGCGUGUUUUUUCUCUCUGGAAAGGGUUAAAGUUUGCGCACUGGGGUGGUGCGGAUGUGGCCUCUAAUGACUUUCUGUAGCUCCACUUUUAAGUACUAUGUGUUUAAGAAUGCGUUCAAAUAAGUGUGCCCGUUAGACAAACGAAAAUCAUUACAUUUCGAGCCCCACUGUUGUCCCCCUCGCCCCUUUAACUUUCUCUCAGUUCCCUUGCUCAUCCACAACCGAAAUUUUUACACAGAUUCUUAAGACUUCCUCCUGUUGCACAGAUUUCUUUUUCUAGACAGCCAUGGCAACCUCUGAAAAAAUAGAGCAAUUCAAAUAAACUUUUCUUACUUAAAUUUCUUUUUUCUCAAAACCAUUUAAUUUAAAAAUAGCAAAUAGAUUUACUGGAUGUUUGGAACUGAGUAAUUGACCUCGUGUCUUUAAAUUAAAUGGAAAUUUAGCCCUGGGAAUAAGUAUUAAAUUAAUUGUUACAGAAGACCAGUAAUUAUUGUAAAACACUGAUUUACAGAUUUAUGGCGCUUUUCUUUCCAGGAGCUGCCAUUGUGAUGGCCCUUCAGGAGGUGCAAGGGAGACAUCCAGGCGGCUUUCAAGAGAACAGGUUUUUGUACUGAUAUCAGCAGCUUCCAUUAACUUAGGUUCCAUGAUGUGCUAUUCUAUCCUUGGACCUUUUUUCCCUAAGGAGGCUGAAAAGAAAGGAGCCAGCAAUACAGUUAUUGGUAUGAUCUUUGGAUGUUAUGCUUUGUUUAACUUGAUGGCAUCUUUGGUAUUUGGAAAAUAUCUUGUACAUAUUGGAGCAAAAUUUAUGUUUGUAGCAGGAAUGUUUGUCUCAGGAGGAGUUACAGUUCUCUUUGGUGUAUUGGACCAAGUUCCAGAAGGACCCAUGUUUAUUGCUAUGUGUUUUCUAGUGAGAAUAACUGACGCAAUCAGUUUUGCUGCAGCAAUAACCGCAUCUUCUUCUAUCCUUGCAAAGGCUUUUCCAAAUAACGUGGCUACAGUAAUGGGAAGUCUUGAGACUUUUUCUGGACUAGGUCUAGUACUAGGGCCUCCUUUGGGUGGCUUCUUAUAUCAAUCCUUUGGCUAUGAGGUGCCUUUCAUUCUUCUGGGAUGCAUAGUUCUGCUGAUGGUUCCCCUCAACAUGUGUAUUUUACCUAAUUAUGAGUCUGAUCCAGGGAAACACUCAUUCUGGAAACUCAUCAUUUUACCCAAGGUUGCCUUUAUAUCCUUCGUCAUUACCUCACUCAGCUCAGGUUUUGGCUUCCUUGAUCCUACGCUGUCCCUCUUUGUUUUGGAGAAGUUUAAUUUACCAGCUGGAUAUGUGGGACUGGUAUUCCUGGGUUUGGCACUAUCCUACGCCAUUUCUUCACCACUGGUGGGCCUCCUCAGUGAUAAAAUGCCUCAUCUGAGGAAAUGGCUUCUCGUUUUUGGAAACUUAAUCACAGCAGGCUGCUACAUGCUCUUAGGACCUGCCCCGUUCUUGCACAUUAAGAGUCAGCUCUGGUUGUUGGUGCUGAUAUUAGUCAUAAAUGGUGUCUCUGCUGGAAUGAGUUUAAUUUCAACUUUCCCGGAGAUUCUCAGUUGCGCACAUGAAAAUGGAUUUGAAGAAGGAUUAAGUACCUUGGGACUUGUGUCAGGUCUCUUUGGUGCAUUGUGGUCAGUUGGUGCUUUUGUAGGACCAACGCUGGGGGGAUUUCUGUAUGAGAAAAUUGGUUUUGAAUGGGCAGCUGCUCUACAGGGUCUCUGGGCUCUGACAAGUGGCCUAGUGAUGGGCUUGUUUUAUCUAUUGGAGCAUUCAAGGAGAAGAAGGAGAUCUAAACUUCAAAAUAUCCUCGGCACAGAGGAGGAACGGACUACUCUCUUGCCUGAUGAAACGUAGCCUUACCUUAGGAAUCCCUACUGAUACGGGGCUGGGAGAUGGCUGCUCCUUGGCCUUGAACUUCAUCGCUGGAAGGAUUUUCCUAAUUUUUACACACAAAACUCCAUGGACUCCACACCAGCAUCCUGAAAUUGUUAACAUAGUUUUGGAUGAUCCUGUGUUGGCCUGCACAUACUGUUGUCCUGAAGAGCUGGCCUGCUGAACCAGCCGUAUUUGAAACCUUAAGUAUGCGAAGAGUUGUUGAAAAUCAACAAAAGGUUUUGGUUUUGAGUGACCAGACUUGGCCCUGAGGAUGUUACUGACUCUAGGUGUCCUGUUUCCUCUGUUUACUUUUUAUUCUGAGGGCACUGAUUCUGUGACUGUACCCUUUUUAUUAACAGGGAAAGAAAUGAAUUGAUUUGAUAUGCUUGAAAAUAAUAUAAAGAUAACUCAAAAUAUACAGAAUAAUUACUGUGAAAUCAGUUUUUAAAAUAUCUGCUUUCUCUGUGUCCUAAGAUUUUUUUGUUUUUGUUCAAAAGGCAAAAUUCCAGCCUACUGUGGAAAAACUCUAUUGCAUUCCCUGGCCAUCAGCUCUUCUAAAACUUUUGUUUGUGUGAAAGAUACAAGAAUGAUAUUACUUAACACUUCCAAUUUUGUAACAUGCUGUGAAUUAGGAUCUGGAUUUAUAAAUAAUGCUUGGUAUAAUAUUAUUCAUUUCCCUUAA